CGCUCACAGAGACUGCGGUUACAGACUGUUGUCAUGGUGACAUCUGUUGCUCUUCUCUGGAAACUGAGCUGACUUACUUUGGCUUAAAACCAGUUGUGAGGACAUUUCUGUUACACAUUUGCCAGAUCAGAUAUUUCUCAUUACCUGCAUGAAUACUAUUAAAUCACUGAUUUCUCUCAGAAAAUACCUGCAAGAGAAUAUAACUACAACCUUUGCACCUCUAAAAGCAGGGUUUAUAGGAGUUAUGCUAGCUUGUGAUGCUACAGAAAUUUCCUGUUUGCAACUAGCUAAUUACUGAGAACUUAGUUUAGAUCCUAGGCCAGGAAACAGUUAUGUCCUUACAAGUACAGAAACACAAAUGUGUGGGUAGGUAGGGUCCUGACCUGUGUGUGGUGCAUGACUAAGUGCAUGUAGUGUGUGUACAGUGUGUAUAAUUGUGUAUAUUCAAAGCAUAUAAUAGUGUGUACUGUGUGUAUUCAGUCUGUGUUUCAGGACUCUUCCUGAUCCUGACCCCACCGAUGCUGAUGCAGCUGAAACCAGACUCUGUGUUUCUAUGAGGACAAAGCCGCAGCAACACAAACAGGUCCCGAACAAAAGGUGGCCAUGUUUCCAGAACUCCAUCCAUCCAUAAAUCCUGGCAGCAAGCGGUUCUGCGCGGUUUGACACAGGAGCUGCUGAGCAUCAUGCCUCUGCCCCGACGACACUCAUCCUUUCUGGGACAGCUGUCCUCUGAACACCUGGCCUCUGCCUCCUGUGGGAGGAUUGGCUUGGUCAGCACGGGCACCACCCGUGGCGUCUUCGUGGGCUCCACCCCUCCAAUGGAUGGGGCCUCCAGUCUGGGGACACGUGUGUCCCGACGGGCUCUGGGUAUCAGCAGUGUGUUCUUGCAGGGGAUGAGGAGCUGUGCAGCCCCAGUCUUGCCCCAGGCCGGAGAACGUUCGGCAGCGGUGACCGGUCUGAACAGCUGCCUGAUAGAGUACCGGGACAAAGUGAGAGCACUGGAACAGUUGAACCAACAGCUAGAGGAACAAAUACGACUCUGUCUGGACCGCAAGGCAUGCAGUGCCGGGGCCUGGGGGCCGCUCAGGAGGGAGUGGGAGGACGUCUACAGGCAGGUCAGUGAAGCCAUCCUGGGUAACGCUCGCCUCAUGCUGCAGACGGAGAACGUUCAGGCCAAUGCCGAGGACUUCAAGGACAGGUACGAAAAUGAGCAGCCCUUCAGGAAGGCGGUGGAGGAGGAGAUCAGCUCUCUGUACAAAGUCAUCGACGACGCCAACCUGACCAAGGCCGAGCUGGAGGAGCAGAUGGAGAACAUGAAUGCGGAGCUACGCAACCUGGAGCACAACCACGAGCAGGAUGUUCGAGUCCUCUACAGUCACUUGGCGGGACGUGAGGUGGACGAACCCGACGCUCCUAUACAAACCAGUCUGGACCAGAUCCUGGCCUACAUCCGGAGCCACUGGGAGAAGGUGAUGGAGAAGAACCGAGCCGAGGCCGACCGCUACCUGGAGUGCAAGGAGGCCCAGUGUGUGAGCAGCAGGCUGAGUCCCGAAGAGGAGCAGGUGGAGGCGCUGAAGGCCGAGUGCAACGACACCGGCUGUAAGAUCCAGAGUCUACAGGCUGAGACAGAGGCCCUCAGAGCACUGAAACGAGGUCUAGAGAACUCCCUGAGUGACGCCCGGCAUUGGCACGACAUGGAGCUCCAGAACCUGGGCUCGGUGGUGGCCAAGCUGGAGGCGGAGCUGGCCGACGUCCGCGGAGAGAUCGAACAGCAGCGCCGUGACUACGACACACUGCUGAGCACCAAGCAGCGUCUGGAGCAGGAGAUCGGCUUGUACCACGGCAUCCUGGACGGAGAGGAGAGUCGCUUCCAGCCUGCCGAGACGCCGUGUCAGGGUCUGCACUCAGAGCCCGAGGGAGUGGCCGAUGCUCCCGGAUCCAGGACCGACAUGGAACCCCAGGACCCCCAGGACAGUGACCCCGGGGGGCAUCUGAGCAGCAGACAAUAGCCCAGCAGGCACUCUCUGGAACUUUGUGUUUCUUCAGACGGGAACUCUGAGGUUGAAGUGGUCUCUACAGGAGGAUUGCUACCUGUGGUGC